UGCAGAGGCUCUCACGCCUCGGUCUGGUUGUCACCAUGGGAACGGUGCUGUCUCUGUCUCCGGGAUGGAGGAAGGCUUCUGGCGGCGGGUCGGAGGAGCUGGAUGUGCGGCGGGUGCAGGAGAAGGAGGAGGAGGAGCGGAGCGGCAGGAAGAAGAAGCGGAGACACCCGGUGCUGCUGCAGGCGCUCCGCUGGAAGAAGCGGCUCGUGGCGGCUCGAGCCAAGAGGAAGGGCGGGAAGAAGGUGAAGCCUGCGGCGCCGGAGCAGCGCGAGCAGGCGGCCGCCGACGGCCCGCCCCGCACGCUGAAGGGAGGGCACAGGCAAGGACCCAUCCCGGUGCCCAUCCCCACCGUGCCGGAGCCGAAGCAGGGCCGCCCGGAGGGGAUCCUCUCCCCCAGGAGGGUGGUGGUGCAGGCCUCCACAGGCGAGCUCCUACGUUGCCUUUCAGAUUUUUUGUGUCGGCGUUGUGUGAAACUGAAGAAUCUCUCGGCCAGUCAGAUCGUGGUGUGGUUUAGGAAUGUGGACCGGGCGCUGCUGGUUCAAGGCUGGCAGGACCAGUGCUUCAUCAGUCCAGCUGGUCUGGUCUUCGUGUACCUGCUGUGCAGAGACGCCGUGGACGAGGACACGGCCUCAGAGCAGGAGCUGCACGCCACCUUCCUCACCUGCCUCUACCUGGCCUACUCCUACCUGGGCAACGAAAUCUCCUACCCGCUCAAGCCUUUCCUGGUGGAGUCCAGCCGCGAUGCGUUCUGGGAAAGAGCGCUGGAGCUGAUUGACCACCUGAGCAGAGACAUGCUGCGAAUUAAUGCUGAGCCACACUUCUUCACCCAGGUGUUCCAGGACCUGAAGAGUCAGGGGGCAGCCAGGGACAAGGAGACGCAGGGGGGAGGCAGAGACAAGGAGACGCAGGGGGGAGUCAGAGACAAGGAGACGCAGGGGGGAGUCAGGGACAAGGAGACACAGGGGGGAGUCAGAAAUAAGGAGACGCAGUUGGGAGUCACAGAAAAGCAAAUUCAAGGUGGAGUCAAAGACCGGGAGACACAAGGAGGAGUCUGGGAGAAGGAGCCACAGGGACAAGCUGGGGAUAGGGGGACGCAGGGAGGUGCUGGGGACAGGGGGACGCAGGGAGGUGCUGGGGACAGGGGGAGGGCCGAGGAAGAGAACGGAAACGAUGAAGAUGGCGUUGACGACCUGGACCGUUAA